AUGGCGAACUGGAAAGAACUGGGCGAGGUCCCAGACUCGGACGACGAGCUCGACUUCGAUAGCCAGGAACUAGAUGGACCCUUGAAUGACGAAUUUCCCACGACAAGUCUCGACGAAGCCUUGCAGACGACGCAAGCCCCCGAAGACAGCGUCUGGGACGUUCCGGCAUCCUCGCAGGCGGUCCCAGACGCGUUUCCGAGUUCAGAGAUUCCUAUACUGAGCCAUGUGGAAACCAGACCUCCCGCCAGCGAGCCGGCGUCCUCGCCACUUUCUUCGGCACAAGAUGUCGACGAUCUCGCCGACAUUUUCGACCUGGACGAUCUCCCGACGGCCGCACCUCCUACGUCGAGGCAGACGUACACGAUCGACGGACGCGAUGACUCCCCCGACCCUCUCAUGGAAGACGACAGCAUAUCGACGAGUUAUGUGAAGAUCACGGCGGCCCCGCCAGAGUUCCCGGCCGAAAACAAUACCCAAAGCUUGCCUCCUCCUUCGAUCCCGAUGGCGAGUCCGCCCAGGGCCCCGUCAAGCUCAAUUAGAGGUCGACAGCCAUCGGCAAGAUCUCAGCAGAGCCCGGCUAGUAGUCAGCAUAGUCCUGUGCGAGCUCCUCGAAGCCUGCAUUCCAUGGCAAGUCCGCCUAGAGAUUCGUCAAGCUCGACGAGGGAUCUACAACCUGCGGCAAUAUCUCAACAAAGUCCGACCAGCAGCCACAGUACCGUGCGAGCUCAUGUUGUUUCCCCAAGAAGUCAGCGGAGCCCGACUAGGGGUCAACAUAGUCCUGCGCGAGUUCAGCCUUUUCCGCCGAGAACUCAGCAGAGCCCACCCACGAGCCAGCCACGACCACCAGCCAGCCAGCGAGGCAGGAACACAGAUCGGGAUGAGGAGAUUGCGAGGGAAACAGCAGCUGUCUAUGCACGCUCGUUCAGAAAGAGGAAACCGAUUCAGGAACACCCAUAUCUCAUCGAGAAUGCUCAAUACAGCAGUGUCUUCAAAUCUCACGGCCUGCGACCCGUUAGGAUGCCAGUCGAGCAGGAUUCAUCGCGCCGACGGAAAGCUGCUGAAGAAGACUCGCAAGAGCAGGACUUUGAGGCUAGUCAGGAGAGCACAGUCGACGGACCUAACGAAAUGACAGACGAGAGUCAAGCUCAGGGAGUAACAGAACCGCUGCACGAUGAUAUCUUACGGAUGUCUCUGUCACCGUUGUCUUCCCCAUUGCGAACUUCGUCACCCAAACACAGGGGCGGGCCGAGUAGCCAACCGAGCCAAGGCGAGACAGAUAAUACCAGCUUGUCUGAUAACGAGGACCUUCCAUCGAUCGACGAGAUCUUCCGCAAAUCAACGACAACACAGAAGAAAAAGAGGGGGAGACCGGCAGGUGCCCGCAACAGAACGAAGUCUGCGAAAACGGCGGGCCCCAGCACACGUUUGUCUUCGGGCCCGACUUUUCAAACAUACGAUGAAGUCUACGGCGUCCUUUCUUCGUCUCCUUUGCCACCACCGACACCAGUUGUACCGGCCGCCGCAGACGAGCUAAUGACCGAGUCUGCUCCGCCACCAGGAACGAAUUUGGCUCAAGUCCUCUUCGACGACGACGAUGACCCGUUCAAGUCGCCUCCAAGACAGGCGCCUACUGUUGCAAACCAAGAAAGCAUCGAUAUCACUAUGGCGGAUGUAUCUGAUGACGAAGACAACAUUCAACCCGAGUUCGGUGACGUUAUCGCCAUAUCAGAAGAUGAGGCAGCGAACGAUGCCGCCAGUGGCUCGGAAAGCGGAACGGAAGCCAUCAGAAAUGUUGGCCGGAGGAUCCGAGGUGUUCUUCCGGCAUCCUGGCUCCGACUCGAUCAGCAGGCAACUCGUCCGAAGCCUACGCAACAGCAUCACUAUGACCAAUCGCCUGAGAAGACGCAGAGACGCGGGGUUGCUGUACGUCGAAUGGGACGCUCAACAUCCGGCACAGCAGCUUCGUUCCUCUUUGACUAUUCAGAUGACGAAGCCACCUCGCUGCCGAAACCCACUCGCAUUGCCUCCGGCACCGGUUCUGUGGUGCCCUCGCAACGAGCAACCGCACCGGUCAUUGAGAUCGACGACGAAAACUCUUCCGCGAUGGAGGACAAUGAGAUUGAUCACAUGGCGCCUAGCAGGAAACGCCAGAUGACUCUCAACGAAUCAUUUCGACCGGCCAAGAAACAAAAGACCAAGACCUCAACCACCGGCACGCAACCGAAGAAACGUGGAAGGCCUCCCAAGGCCACGAGUCGGUCCACGAAAGAUUCACGUCUUGAUCCUUGGGUCGACCGCCAGAAACCCGUACCUGGCGCGUCCGGUCAUUCUGCUAGAGCAAAAACUCCUCCUCGACUGAGCAUUUUGGAUGUGAUUGAGCCAGACGCACCGCGCUUCCUGAAGGUUGCAGCAAGAACAGCCCAUACCAGGCGCAAUCUCGGGAGAACAAGCCCGACAAACAAGUCAAUUCGUUUAGCAACGAGGAAAGACAACGUUGAUGCUGGUACAAUCUUACAGCGAUGGAAGGGAAGCAAGAUCCAGCCUCGAAAGGGGCUACAACGCAAGAGCAGCCGGCCGAAGCAAGCCGGGCGGCGCCCACUCGCCCCGAUCCCAAGCAACGUUCUUUCGCGGACCCCGUUAGCUUCACCUAAGAGCCGGGCCACCGAUCAGCCUCUGAGAUCUGUCCACGAGAGCACUGAGACUGCGAUACCUUCUCCAAGAGCGCGGCAAGCAUCGCGCCCAUUUUCCAGAUCUCAUUCGACUACUACCCAGCGUGGGCAACCUGUUGAAAGCAGACCCGCCCAGCUGGAGACCGAUCUGGCCGACCAACCGGGCAGAAUUGGCUUCCACGCGAGAAAGCGAGCACUUGAUGCUAUCUUCCAGCGUAGCUGCACGCAGUCGCUGUCGGCGAGGAGUAUACACCUUGAUUCUGUCAUUGACGAUGCAUGCUCUGUUGCUUCAGAACAAAGUCUAGCUCCCAGGGUGAUUCCUGAACUGCCUGAAGCGGAGACACGCCGUCCCAAGCGGUCGAGGAAAUCGGUCCAGCCUAUCCGAGUCGAUCUCGCUGCAGCUCACUUUCGACACGCAGAUGAUCCGCUGCCGACUACAGAAGUGUUCACUCCAGUAGAGACACCAAAGACAACAUUCACCGAUAGUCAACUCCUCGGCCUCGGUCCUUUUGGCACCCAUUACACCCAGCACUUUGAGGUCUUCCCACUCGACCGUGGUGUAUUCUUCCAUGAGACAACCCUCAUCGGUAGUGGUCGGGUUGAGGCUGCGAUCGACGAGCUGUUUCCAGAGAAGCUCUGGCAACCUCGCUCCCGGGUCUCGUUCCACCUGGACGAACGAAUUCUUCGUUGGGAUAUCUGGAACGAGCAAGUGUCGUCUGAAUUUGGUAUUCUGAUGGACGGCAUCCUGGACCAAAUCUUCAAACCAGCCUCCGUGGCAGAUUCUGAGUUCAGCACAACAGAUGCUGCGCGUUUCGUUCUAGAUUAUGUUCAGAAGUCUAUGAGCUUCACAGACGACGCCGGCGCGCACUCCUUCGUCACUCGCCUCACUGACGUGACCCGGGCUUUCAUAUCCCGUCUGGACUCGGGGAUCUAUGUGGGUGCUGAGAAGCGGCUUCAGCUCAUCGAUGUUCUUUCGAAUCUUCUUCUCGUCGUGUCUUCUUCAGUGCGUCUCUGCCAGAAACACGCCCCAUUGAUCUCAGAGGGAUUCACCUUGGAGAACGUUUUGAAGAAGGUUGCUGAAACCCUCGUUCGUAUACUUCUCUCAGCGGGGCUAGAUGAGAUUCAUCAUCUCUACGAGGACCUUCAGUCAUUGAGCUUUCGUGAGCGCGGAAUCCGUCCCGAUAAACGCACUCCCCAUGCAUGGGUACUUCUCAUAAGGGUUUUGGAAAGCCUUCGGAUCCCGAGGAUGAACUUCUGGGACGUAACGCAUUCCCAGCUCAUUCAGCCCAACGUUACUCAAGGAUCUGAUGCCCAGGAGUUUGAGCGGGCUUGGAAGGACAUGUUUACUCUCUUGCCCUUAUGCGAGUUCGACAAUUUGGGCGUCCUUGUUCCCGGCAAAAGACACCAGACACCUGUGGAGGGCUGGAACCUGCCUCAACAAGUAAUGAAACGCGUCUUCCAACUGUACCGCGCCAAUCCUCGCCAGCCGCCAAGCUUCAAUGACUAUUGCCGGUCGCUGGUGUCCAGAUGUCACUACCUCGUUGAUCAAUGGGGUUGGCAGAAGUGCAGCGGCGUCGUUGGCACCAUCUUCGACUUCUUUGGUUCUCAAAACCUGUCGCACUUGCGAAAUGAAGAGGCAUUCCGCUCGGCCCGGUUCCUAGACAGCCUUCACCAGAACCCGUCCUUGAAGGUUGAAGCAGAGGAUCGAUGCUUCCAUAUCUUCCUCAAACUGGUUGCCUUGGUCAUCAAGAAUCUGAGGAAAAAGGGCCUGGUCAAGGACAUUCGGAACUUGGUAGCACGCACCCUUCCUAAUCACGACCGGCAAUAUUCAAAGGAACAGGAUGUUCACGCACAUGAUCUGGCUGCCUUGAGAAAUCAUCAUGAUCUUCUGUGCACCCUAUUCUGGGCCUCACCCCCUGAUCUUCGGCCCGGUAUCCAUAACCUGGAAAAGCUCGUGAUUCCUGCUAGUUCUCACAAAGAGGCCUGCCUGAUCAACUUGCGGGCUUGGAACCAGCUGGCGCGAUUCGUCGUGCACGAGGAAUCUCCUGAGGCCUUCCACCCACUCGCCAAGUGGCAAGCCAAUGUUUUCAAACAACUGCUUGAUUCAUACAACUCUGCAGCGUCGGACAUGCAGCAGCAGUUCCUUGCAAUGCCGAAGGAGACCACCAGCAGAAUCAGCGAAGGAUUGAUGAACUCGAUCAUAGCCAAGAACAAGGCCGCCACUAUGGAAAUCAUGCUCUUUUCCGUCAAGUCAUCUAUGGAUGUGGUACAGCACGCGGCCAGUCUCGAGCUCGCUAGACUUGCUUCAAGUCCCGUGCAACUGCAACAUGUCUUCCAGCACUUUUCAGCACUGCCGGCGGAAUUCCCAUCUGGGCUUCUGCAAGCUUCAUUGACAACACUUGAACGGUUGCUGGUGCGGAUUGAAGCUGCUUUUAACGAAGGUAGCGACAGUCAAGAUAGCAUGGCAUGCUCUGAAUCCGAAGAGGCGAUCAUGAUGCUCGAGCGCGAGCUUGCCGCCGUAUUUUUCUCGAUGGCUCGCUGCAUCUUGUCCAGUCAAAAUGCGAGGAAUAAGCCGAGCGUCAAAGCCGUGUCAAGUGCCUGUGUUGAGCAGGCUGUUGUCGUAUCUGGCAUUAUGACGAGUCUUUUCGUUCGCUGUGUCAUGAUACAACCUUCUCAUUCCUUCAAACGAGGCAAAUUUGGUGUAUUUGAGAACCUACCAAACAAGCUCAGCUUGGAACAACGACUCUAUCUUCCUCUGUUUCUCUCGACCGUCGCACAGAGAGGAGCAGAGAUCCAGCUGGCUGAUAUCGGGAUAGACACUCUACAGCUGUGGUUAAUCAUUAUUGUCCAACCAAACCAUUGUCUGAGGUUCGAGAACCGCUUUGGCCAACAACUACAACGCGAGGGUUGCCCUUUCGUUCCUGACAAGGCUGUUGGGUUCGUUGUCAAUCCAGGUUACCUGUCUAAUCGCGACUUCUUUGAAUACGCGAUGAAAUGGAUGCGACAAUCACUGCAGACAACGAAUGCAGGGGACAAGAAGAAAUUCCUUGCCGAUUACUCCAAGGCAUUGGACAAUGUCAUGCAACAGAUGCGAAGCGACCUUGAGAUUACCUCUACCGAGUCAACAACAGAGCACCCCAACUACGUCAGAUUUGUCCGCAACAUCAUAUCCUUGAUCACAACUUAUGGUGCAGAUAUUUGUAAGGUGCCUUCCUUCUUCAGAGAAGUGAGCAAGACGUACUCUCCGCCUACCGAAGAUCCCGAACUGCAAGUCGCGAGGAUCCUGUCUUACGGACUGAAGCUUGCAGAGGGAAAUUCUGGGGUUGCCAGCAGUUUGUUCUACCUUUUGCUGAACAACUUCAAGAAAGCACUGCAACUUGGCCGACUACCGCAAGAGGUCUCUCUGCUGAAGACGGCUAUGAAAAGCGAUGCCGUUGUGGCCUUCACCCUCAGGAUGCUUUCCGCAGUGUUGCACGCUACGAAAACCAGUCCCGAGGCUUACGCGUUGCUUGACGUGUUCUGCGACGCUCUAGGACUCGUGUGGAGCGGUGCGGUCAUAACUCGUCAAACAACGGGCAACACUCUGACGUCUCUCUCUGUUCUCAUCACAUCUAUACUGGAUUGGGCGACGAGCGUGGGAGGUACGCCCCUAUGCGCAGAACACGUUCACGUUUUCAGGAAGGUCAUCUGGCUCAUCAACACACUUCAACCCACCGUCGAAUCCUUCUCCUUGGUAACUGAGGGUAUGGGGUGGUGGGACGACGUCAUGGACCGACUUGACCGGUUCAGCCUGCUCGUGGAAGGAGCACAGGACUACCUCAGCGAUGCAAUGGAUGAUUCUCCGACAACAACAAUUUCUCCAUCGGCGCUGUUUCGCCGCAUCAGAGGGUUCGGCAGCAUCAAGAUUCAAGACGCUAUGGUUCUUGAGUGGUCUCGGGUUAUCGUGGACGACGUGCAGAGAAAUUGGGUGGUCAAAGGCCCCGUGUGGACGGUUCCAGGUAGCACCUGCGAUCACUCCUCAACGCAGCCCACACACGGAACUAUCAAACUCAACUGGGAUAUGCAAGAGCUUGUGGACAGCUUGCAUGAUCAACUUCAAAUUUGGACUGAUUGGUGGAGGAGGGGAAAGAAGGAGAAUGAGCGGCAAGGAUUUGACUUUGAAGGUUAUAUGAUAUUCUGA